GCCCAUGCUUCUGGCAUCCCCGUCUUCCACGACUUUCCUAUUUCGUCACCUAAUUCUCGGUGUUUGGAGGGAUUUGAUGACGCGUCGUUGAUAACUUGCUAUAAAGAUCGGAUCUUGAUGCGGAUGGGGCCUUGGAACCGGCUUGAUUGCCAUUGGGAGUCCGUCUUUUGCUGCUAUAUCUGUGUUCUCUUGAGGGUUUAGAUGAGGGGUUUGAUGCCGAUCUUUGAUAUGUUCCUCCGUGGAGAUUAGGACUUAAUGGCUUUCUCUCGCUUUACAUCUACGGCAUCGAGUUCUUGACACGCCGUUCGCUCUCAGCGCGCAGGAUGGCGUCGGGGAAGAGGACCAGAAUCCUGUCUUUGUGUCUUCUUCUCGGCCUCGUCUCGGUCGCCUUGGGCGCCACGGACCCCGGCGACUACCAGGUUCUUGAUGAGUUCCGUAAGGGGUUGUCCAACGCGGAGCUCCUCAAAUGGCCGAAGAACAACCAGGAUCCCUGCGGCUCCCCGCCCUGGCCUUACGUCUUCUGCGCCGGCUCUCGGGUCGCCCAGAUCCAAGCCAAGGACCUGGGAUUGGUCGGCACGCUCCCCCCCGACCUCAACAAGCUCUCCAUGCUCGUCAAUGUCGGCCUCCAAGGGAACAACUUGACCGGAGCCCUGCCGUCGUUCAAAGGCCUGUCGAGUCUGCAGUACGCUUUCCUCGGCAACAACCGGUUCGAUACAAUCCCCGCCGACUUCUUCGUCGGGCUCGAUAGCUUGCAGGUUCUGUCGGUGGAUAGGAACCCUCUGAACCAGAGCACGGGGUGGACGCUGCCGUCGGACCUGGCGAACUCAGCCCAGCUGACGAACCUGUCCCUCAUGGAGUGCAAUCUCGCAGGUCCGCUGCCGGACUUCCUCGGAAACAUGCGUUCUCUCAACCUCCUGAAGCUGUCUUACAACAGUCUCACCGGCGAGAUUCCGGCGAGUUACGCCGCCCUGCCAUUGCAGGUUUUGUGGCUGAACAACCAGAAGGCGCCGGGGUUGUCCGGCACCCUCGACGUGGUCGCCUCCAUGACCUUCUUGAACGAUGUUUUGCUUCACGGGAAUCAGUUCACGGGGCGGAUCCCGAGUUCCAUUGCUGCCUUGACUUCCUUAAAUCGGCUGUGGCUCAACGGCAACCAGUUCGUCGGACUCGUUCCCGCGAAUCUGACGGGCUUGCCGCAGCUCCAAUCUCUGCAUCUGGAUAACAAUGCGUUCAUGGGGCCGAUCCCCAAGGCCAGCUUCAGCGACUUCACCUUCUCUGCCAAUUCGUUCUGUCAGUCUGCGCCAGGAGUUCCCUGCCCGCCGGAGGUUGCUGCACUUCUGGGCUUCCUCGACGGUGUCGGCUACCCACCGAAGCUCACGAAAUCUUGGUCGGGGAACGAUUCUUGCACCGCUUCUUGGAUGGGCAUAUCUUGUGCUGGUGGCAGGACUGCCAUCAUCAAUCUGCCAAACUACCAGUUGAAUGGCAUCAUCAGCCCUUCCCUCGGAGAAUUGGAUUCUCUCGCUCAGAUUCUGCUGGGAGGCAACAAUCUCACCGGCACGAUUCCUUCGAGCCUGACAAGCUUGAAAUCAUUGAAGUUGUUGAAUCUCUCUGCAAAUGACAUCUCACCACCCGUUCCUCGCUUCCCUGCUGGCGUGAUGGUCAUUCUUGAUGGCAACAAGUUGCUGGGCAAAUCUACUCCCGGCAGUCGUUCCCCGUCAGGUAGCUCAUCGUCCUCUGCCGGCUCAAAGACUUUGGUCGUCGUCGUCGUUCCAGUCAUCGUCGGGGUUUUGGUUGUGCUCCUAGUCAUUCUGUUCCUCCGCUGUCGCAAGAACUGGAAGAAGACUGCACCGACCGCCAUCGUAGUUCAUCCCAGAGACUCCUCCGAUCCAUACAACUUCGUCAAGACCGCGGUUGCAAGUACCGCAAAGAAGAUCAGGUUUGCCAAGGAACUCCGCAGCAACGACGGCAGUGGCGUCGUCGAGGAAGGGAACCUGGUGAUAUCGGUGCAGGUUCUUCGUGCCGCGACGCGAAACUUCGCCCCCGAGAACGUGCUCGGCCGGGGAGGGUUCGGGGUGGUUUACAGGGGAGAGCUGCAUGAUGGGACGGCAAUAGCAGUCAAGAGGACAGAGUCCGCGGUGCGGAGCGACAAGGCGUUGGACGAAUUCCAAGCAGAGAUUGCGGUUCUUUCAAAGGUCCGGCACCGUCACCUGGUGUCUAUACUGGGCUACGCUGUGGAAGACAACGAGAGACUCCUGGUGUACGAGUACAUGCCUCAAGGGGCUCUGAGCAGGCACCUCUUCCAAUGGAGAGAGCACCAGAUCGAGCCUUUGUCAUGGAAGAAGAGGCUGAACAUUGCGCUGGAUGUUGCCAGGGGAAUCGAGUAUCUUCACAACUUCGCUAACCAUUGCUUCAUCCACAGGGACCUCAAGUCGUCAAACAUACUUAUCGGUGAUGACUACAGAGCCAAAGUCUCAGACUUUGGCCUCGCCAAACUUGCUCCUGAUGGCAAGAAAUCUAUGGCGACUAAACUUGCAGGAACCUUUGGGUAUUUAGCUCCAGAGUAUGCUGUGACCGGGAAGGUUACGACCAAGGUUGAUGUCUUCAGCUUCGGGGUGGUGCUGAUGGAGUUACUGACUGGUCUGAAGGCUCUCGAUGAGACUCGUCCUGAUGAGAGCCGCUACCUGGCGUCCUGGUUCAUCAAGAUGAAGAGCAGCACGGAGAAUCUCAAGAGCAUCAUCGACCCGUCUCUUGCCAUCACGGACGAGGCCUUCGACGCUGUCCGCGCGAUGGCGGAGCUCGCGGGUCACUGCGCGGCGCGGGACCCGUAUCAGCGGCCGGACAUGCGACACUCGGUCAGCGUGCUCGCGCCGCUCGUCGAGAAGUGGAGGCCCGUCGACGACGAUCAGGAGUGUCCGGGGACGGACAUCUGCCAGCCGCUUCUCCACAUGGUGGAGGAUUGGCAAGCGGCGGAUGGUGGUUCGAGUGGCAGCUCGUUGAGCCUGGAUACAAGCAAGGCGAGCAUCCCGGGGAGACCUGUCGGGUUUGCGGUGUCCAUGGCAUCCGCGGACGGCCGGUGAAUGACUCCAUGCAUCUUUUUGCUCCGUUCUUGAUCUCUCUGCUCUUGCUUUCUGAUAACAGUUUCUUGGUGAUUGAUUUCUUUGUCGUCGUGAGAUAGAAACAGUGUAGAUGGCUAGAGACGCAACCGAUUCUUAUAAUGUUGCUUUGAGACGAGCAGCUGCCAGUGGUUGCUUGGCAUUUGAUGAUCAUAAUUGUUUUUGUUUGCACGAGAAACAGGAUAGUUAUGGCUUCUUCCUCGCAAUUGCAGUGAACGGGAUAAAGCUUACGGUUCUAAGCCCCUCGAGCAAUACAGCAAUCAAUCAGAAAGAGAAUAAGAUGAUGGA